AUGUCUGGCCCGGGACUAACCUCGAACCAGUCUCACGCGCAGAACGACCUCUCGCGCUUCUCCGACUCGGAGCCGGAGCAAGACCGGUCUCCUCCUGGAAAGACAACCUCCGACAUUCUUUCGGGCGUCUAUCGAGGCUUCAAAAAGUUUGCCCCGAGCAGAGACGACUCGUCUAAGCUGUCGAGACAACCCUCCCUCUCUCACCUCGGCCUCAAAAGUAUCUCUCCGAGCUCGAACUCCACUCCCUCUCCUCCUCCUUCCGCGACGCCCACGCCCGUUCCAAGCUCGUCCAAGAACCGUCCCCUUCAGCAUGGGAGGAGUCUGAGUCUGCAGAGCAGUCUCGCCAAACCCCUGCCCGAACCACCACCUUCGCAGCCUUCGCCCACAGGAGCCGACGUCCCUUUCGCUGCCCACUACAAUUACGGCAGCCUUGGUGCUAUAGAAGAGGCUCCGGCUGAUGAUAUGGAAAGUCGCACUAGUACAAUGGACUCUAGUGUUUCGGUGGAUAAGGCACAAAUGUACACCGGUGGAAUGGGUUACAACACCGACAUGGCCAGCAGCCAAAGCAGUCUGGCCAGCUCAUCGAGGCAAGAUGGAGGGGAAGAAAUGAGGGAGAACCUGACGCCACGGAGUAACGGCCCCUUAUCAGCAGGCCCUUCACCCUCUUCCAACACAGGCAGAGCGCCUGCCGUAGGCACGCCCACUGCCUCCUCCUCCUCGGCGCAUCUUUCAGGGCUCAUGUGUAAUGUCCAUCGUACGACAGGCAGGGAGCCACAUCCACUUGUCGGAGCCACAACGACAAUCCUGGGUGAUAAGCUCUACGUUUUUGGUGGAAGGAUAUUGUCUAGGAGCCGCCCUGCCCCCUUGACCUCCGAUCUAUACGAGCUGGAUCUUAUUCGUCGACACUGGUCGAAGCUCGAAACAAGCGGCGACAUACCGCCCCCACGAUAUUUCCACUCCAUGUGUCCCCUGGGAGACACCAAGUUAGUCUGUUAUGGUGGAAUGUCUCCUACGCCGAACCAGUCCGGUACAGGCCCGGACCAGCAGCCCGAAGUGACGGUCAUGUCGGACAUUUAUAUCUACGACGUUCCAACCCGGAAAUGGACCUUUAUACCCACUCAAGAAGCCCCCCAGGGCCGCUACGCACACUGCGCCUGUAUUCUACCCACCUCAGCUUCCUUUACGUCACACAAGGCGCCGCUGUCGGCCCUGCAGCAUAACCCGUCGUCGGGCAACCCCAACGAAGGAAGGAUAGGAAUCAACAUAGAUGGGUCUGGCGGCGCCGAGAUGGUGGUUGUAGGUGGCCAGGACGGCGCAAACCACUACAUUGAGCAGAUUAGUGUUUUCAACCUACGAAGCCUUAAGUGGACAUUUAUCGAACCGCUCGACAAGAGUUGCGGCGCUUAUAGGAGCGUCGUCGCGCCUCUACCUCCUUCGGUGACGGCACGAAUUGGCAAGUCGAGUGCGAAUGGUUUCCAGCGGGACGGCGGCAUCAGCCAAGAAUCUCGAGAGCCAGGGUCAUCAAUGCUAAUCUACUCCAACUAUAACUUCCUGGACGUCAAGCUCGAACUGCAAGUCCGAUCUUCGGACGGCACUUUGACGGAAAAGCCAAUGUCAGGCUCUUACUCGCCCCCAGGUCUGCGAUUCCCCAACGGCGGCGUUAUCGACACAUACUUUGUCGUAAGCGGCACGUACCUCACGUCGUCGAAGCAAGAAUACGCUUUGUGGGCUCUGGAUUUGAAGACAUUGACUUGGUCGCGGAUUGACGCGGGGGGCGCCGUCUUCAGUCAGGGCAGCUGGAAUCGUGGCGUGCUAUGGAAUCGCAGAAACACGUUUGUAAUUCUUGGCAAUCGGAAACGAAGUCUUGUCGACGACUAUAAUCACCGACGAAUCAACUUUUCCAAUGUUUGCAUGGUUGAGCUGGAGGCAUUCGGUUUCUACGACAAUCCCAGGAAGACUAGCCCAAUGUCUGGAUUUGUCUCCGCCAGCAGCCCCUACACCGGUCCCGGCUUAAGUUUGGCUAGAAAAGCUGGUUCCACGGCAGGCGGGCGCUUCCAUUCGAGGGCUUCCGAAGAGCUGGGCGAGAAGGCGCUCGCUUUACGUGAGUUAUCAGACAUGGAUAUCCUGUGUUUGCAUGGAGAAAGAAUACCCAUUAACUCGAGGAUUGUGGCGCGACGUUGGGGACCAUACUUUGUGCAGUUGUUGCGCGAAGGCACAGCAACCCAGGACGGUAGUGAUGCUAUGACCUUGCGGUCAGGGCUCGGUAGUGCCGUUCGGAAUUCUACCUUGACCAUUACGCCUUCUCGUAACACGAUUGAGAGCACAACUUCUUCCAUGGCUAGUACGGCACUCUCGUCUGGAUCAUCAGCCAAGCCUCCCAGCACAGCCCCGACUAGUGCCUCUGCAGCCUCUUUCUCUCUUCCGGGCUCAGGCUCCGGCGGCGUCGACCCAACCGCUGUUAACUCGGCCCCGACUCCAAGAUCGCUGCCACCCAACUCCAGACCACGAUGUCUUUACCUCCCGCACACCUAUCUUACCGUUCAGGCUCUUCUCCAUUUCCUCUAUACGUCCUCGCUACCGCCGCCGUCAUCACCACUGUGCACCCCCCCUAUUCUAUGCUCACUCCUUCAAAUAGCCCGACCUUAUCGAAUUGACGGGCUUCUCGAGGCGGUGGUCGAACGCCUACACGCCCUUCUGGAUUCGAGGAAUGCGGCCGCUGUUUUCAAUGCCACCGCUAUGGCUGCCGGUGGUGGUCGCGGCAUAGACGGCUCAUUGAACCCCAACUUCUUCAUCCCUAUCGACGGCAUGGGCUCGCCGUUGUCCCUCUCCGAUGGCUCUCAGAAUGGAAACAGCAGCACGGAUCUGCAGGGUCUUGGUUCUCGCACCGCUGCAUUGCGCAUCAACACUGCCACAUCUUCCGGGCGGCCAUCCAGCGACGAGCUCAGCGCGACAACGAGUGUCAGCGGGUCCGAAUGGAGCUCCGAGAUUGGGGAUUCCGAGCGCGGGGGCUUGCGUGAAGUCUGGGGUGGUGAGCUCAGCUCUGUCAUUGGUCUGCAGAAGCGAGGACUGCGCGGCCUCAUGGAAGGCAGGAGAAUGCGCGAGCGUACCGGGACCAACUCCGGCACUGGCAUGAGCGCAGGCAUGGUUCCGUAUGGUGGACAGGGUCGGGUUGGUCUUGGCAUUGCCGGAUCGUGA